AUGCCGAGAUCGUCACAUCAACUCUCACGAUUUCUCGCGGCAGAGGCUACUUUGCUCCGGAGCCAGCAUCUCGGACUAGGCCGAGGAGGAUCUACCCCACGAUACACGCCACCACCCAUCCGGGUGCCGAUACGUGGGGACAACGUUUGUAUUGGGGGCCCGAAAGGGCUCAUGAGUUUGGGCUGGUCGCGUCUCUCUGAUGUGGUCACAUCUGUGGCCAUGGAGAAAAGCUCGCGUCUCGAUCAACAGUUUUGGGGUUCUACGGUGGGACCAUGCGACAAGGGGAAGCAACAGGUGGGGUAUUCUGGCUUCAAGCCAUGGGAAUGCAAGCCUGGCACUUGUUCCCGACUUUCGAGGUUGGUUAAAACUUUGACGACAUUGGGGGACAGCGGGUGGAGGAUUACUGUUUAG